AUGGAGCUCCCAAUUGAUGCUACCGCCAAGUCUGAUGUUCGUGCAGCUAUUCGGCUUUUGAACGCAAAGGGCAUUAAACCGAUUGAAAUUCCUCACCAAUUAACGGAAGUGUAUGGCAAGUCGUGCAUGGAUAUCAAAAAUGUUCGCAAGUGGUGCAGAGAUUUUGUAGUUGGCCAUACUGAAAUUCAUCUCGAAGACAGAAGUGGGCGACCAUCAAUUUCCGACGAGACAGUCGAGAUGGUUGAGCAAAUCCUGCGUGAAAAUCGGCGGAUAACUCUGGAUGAUCUCCGCAUUUUGGUUCCUGAGGUUUCCCGAAGCACCAUUCAUAGGGCCUUGAGUGAAAAGUUGCAAUAUCAGAAGGUGUGCGCAAGAUGGGUCCCACGAAUGCUCACAGAAAAGCCAUAA